UAUUCCCAGCUUUCUGCGUCUUCUUCGUCGGUAUUUUGUUCGUGUCAGGUGAUGGACAUGUUACCUGUGGUGGUGGUCCACGGAGGGGCGGGGCAUAUCCCAAAGGAGCGGGCUGAGCGGUCGACCUCUGGGGUGUGCUCAGCGGCCCGGGCGGGAUACGCCAUCCUGAGGGGAGGGGGCAGCAGCAUGGAUGCGGUGGUAGAAGCCGUGGCCCUGAUGGAGGAUAACCCCGCCUUCAACGCAGGGUGUGGGUCGGUGCUGAACAUUAAAGGAGAGGUGGAGAUGGAUGCUAUUGUGAUGGAAGGGAAAACACUGGCGAGUGGAGCUGUAUCUGCUGUUCGUAACAUAGCCAAUCCUGUUCGGCUAGCCAGACUCGUUAUGGACAAGACCAGUCAUGCGUGUCUGACAGCAGAGGGUGCCAAUCUGUUCGCUCGUCAAAUGGGUAUCCCUGAGGUGCCCAUGGAGUCCCUCAUCACCGACUACUCCCGCAUGCGCUGGAAAAAGAACCUGGAACCCAACGCCAACCCUGUGGAGUGUCAAAUGGGUAAAACAGGCACCGUUGGAGCUGUCGCUGUCGAUGCUGAAGGGAAUAUUGCCUGCGCUACAUCCACUGGUGGAAUGUUGAACAAGAUGGAGGGACGAGUGGGCGACACCCCCUGCAUAGGAAGUGGAGGUUAUGCAGACAACGAGGUGGGGGCGGUGUCGACCACAGGCCACGGUGAAGCCAUCAUGAAGGUCACACUGGCAAGACUUAUUCUGUUCCACAUGGAGCAAGGUAAGUCUGCAGAGGAGGCCAGUGACCUGGGUCUGGCCUACAUGAAGUCCAGAGUCAAUAGCCUGGGGGGGGUGGUGACCGUGGACCCUCGGGGCUGCUGGGCCGCUCGCUUCUCCAGCCGGCAGAUGUCGUGGGCGGCGGCCCAGAGGGACACGCUGCACCACGGCCUGCGCAGCGGAGAACACUUCACCCAGAGCAUCGACGACCCCCACUGACAGGAAACACAACUGCUACCCUGGGUUUUCUACAUGUUCACUGUUAGUGACCAAAGCUGGCACAUUGUAGCCACUUAAACUUAUAUUAUCAACUCCAAAAUGGACCCAAAUAAUGACAUACUGUUACUGCAACAUCCAGUGAAAUUACUGUGAAUAUGAGCUUCAAGGGCUUCAAGAACAAACUGGCAAAAGAAAAAAAGUUGCAC